AUGAAGGAGAAGUCCAAGACGGCGGCGAGGACGCGGCGGGAGAAGGAGAACAGCGAGUUUCACGAGCUCGCCAGAAUGUUGCCGUUACCGUCGGCCAUCACGUCUCAGCUGGACAAAGCGUCCAUCAUCCGACUGACCAGCAGCUACCUGAAGAUGCGCCUGGUGUUCCCGCAAGGUCAUCCACUGCAGCGGCUAUCUGAAGACGUCUGCGCUGGACUGCUAUCAGAACGUGGGUCUGGUGGCGGUGGGACACACUUUACCUCCCAGCGCCGUCACCGACAUCAAGCUUCACAGCAACAUGUUCAUGUUCAGAGCCAGUCUAGACAUGAAGCUCAUCUUCCUCGACUCCAGACGUUAGACGGCUUUAUAUUCGUGGUGGCUGCCGACGGGAAGAUCAUGUACAUCUCAGAGACGGCGUCGGUUCAUCUGGGCCUUUCACAGGUAGAGCUGACUGGGAACAGUAUUUAUGAGUACGUUCAUCCGGCCGAUCACGACGAGAUGACCGCGGUUCUGACGCCUCAGCCCUCGUUCCACUCGCACCUCAUCCACGGUGAGACGCAAGAUCAGCAUCCAACACGAGCACAUGACGUGGGUCUGGUGGCGGUGGGACACACUUUACCUCCCAGCGCCGUCACCGACAUCAAGCUUCACAGCAACAUGUUCAUGUUCAGAGCCAGUCUAGACAUGAAGCUCAUCUUCCUCGACUCCAGGGUUUCAGAGCUGACAGGAUAUGAGCCACAGGACCUGAUUGAGAAGACCCUGUAUCAUCACGUGCACAGCUGUGACAGCUUUCACCUGCGCUGCGCUCAUCACCUCCUGCUGGUCAAAGGUCAGGUGACCACUAAAUAUUACCGCUUCCUGUCCAAACACGGCGGCUGGGUUUGGGUGCAGAGUUACGCCACCAUCGUUCACAACAUCCGCUCGUCUCGUCCGCACUGCAUCGUCAGCGUCAACUACGUCCUCACGGACACGGAGUAUAAAGGCCUGGCGCUGUCUCUGGAGCAGCUGAAGCCCAGCAAACCUGCGUUCCCUUACGCAAACCAUCAGGACAAACCCCCAGCGAAGAUCCUGGCUGCUCCGUUCUCUCAGCAGUUUUCGUUCUUCCAGAACGAGCGCUCAGAUUCCGACUGCGACAGCCAAUGGGACGGCAGCCCUGUGACAGACUCCGCCUCCCCGCAGCGACUGGACACGUCUCAUUGGGACGGGGAGCGUGCAGACGGAUCUCCAGGCGACUCGGGCGACUCGGGAGACAGUUGCUAUGAAAUCCAGGCGUCCCAGAGCCGGAUGGGUGCCAGACAGGAGCAGAUUAAGGUGGAGGACGGCUGCAUGAGCGAUGUCUUCUCCUCUGUUUGCCGAGGACCGCCCCGUCUCGUCCUGCACCGAGACGACAGAGACGGGAGUCCAGCCUCGCUGUCCGGUCUGAGCAGUCCCGGCUCGGACAGACUGUCCCGUUAUGACGUGAACGCACACAUGCACUUUCAGACCAGUGCCGCGCACAACGCAACAUCGGUCAUCAUCACCAACAGCAGCUGA